UCGGUGUGAGAGGCGGCAGGGAGCGUUAACGUUAUGGGUCAACAAAAGAAUCUGGAGGGAUAUGUUGGCUUUGCAAGCCUUCCCAACCAAGUGUACAGGAAGUCUGUGAAGAGGGGCUUUGAGUUCACCCUGAUGGUCGUGGGUGAGUCGGGACUGGGCAAAUCGACUUUGAUCAAUUCCCUGUUCCUAACAGACCUGUAUUCUCCCGAAUAUCCUGGCCCUUCACAUAGAAUCAAAAAGACUGUACAGGUGGAGCAGUCUAAAGUUUUAAUAAAGGAGGGCGGCGUCCAGCUGCUGCUCACCAUCGUGGACACCCCCGGGUUCGGAGACGCCGUGGACAACAGCAACUGCUGGCAGCCUGUCAUCGACCACAUAGACAGUCACGGCCUCAAACCGCUGGAUAUCGAGUUUAUGAAACGGUUGCAUGAGAAAGUCAAUGUCAUCCCACUGAUCGCCAAAGCAGACACUCUCACCCCGGAGGAAUGCCAACAGUUCAAGAAGCAGAUCAUGCGGGAAAUCCAGGAGCACAAAAUCAAGAUUUACGAGUUCCCCGAGACGGAUGACGAAGAGGAGAACAGGCUGGUGAAGAAGAUCAAAGACAAGCUGCCGCUGGCCGUGGUGGGGAGCAACACCAUCAUCGAGGUGAACGGCAAGAGAGCAAGAGGCAGACAGUACCCCUGGGGGGUCGCUGAAGUUGAGAACAGUGACCACUGUGACUUCACCAUCCUGAGAGACAUGCUCAUACGAACCAAUAUGCAGGACCUGAAGGACGUCACAAACAACGUCCACUACGAGAACUACCGCAGCAGGAAGCUGGCCGCCGUCACCUACAACGGCGUGGACAACAACAAGGCUAAAGGGCAGCUGUCCACCAAACUUGACACAGUUGAAGGAAUGAGCCCCCUGGCCCAGAUGGAGGAGGAGAGGCGAGAGCAUGUGGCCAAGAUGAAGAAGAUGGAGAUGGAGAUGGAGCAGGUGUUCGAGAUGAAAGUCAAGGAAAAAGUGCAGAAGCUCAAAGACUCCGAAGCAGAGCUUCAGCGGCGUCACGAACAGAUGAAGAAGAACCUGGAGGCUCAGCACAAGGAGCUGGAGGAGAAGAGGCGCGUGUUCGAGGAGGAGCGGGUAAACUGGGAGACCCAGCAGCGCCUGGAGCAGCAGAAGCUGGAGGCGUCCAGGACUCUGGAGAAAAACAAAAAGAAAGGCAAGAUCUUCUAG